AAACCACAACCAACAGCUCUUUUUUUCUGAGGGAGGACUCGAAGGAUUAAAAGGCAGCAACUUCUGAGGCGAUUUGUCCCCUGAGUUAUGGAUGUUGGUGCACUUACUUCAGGCCUGAUCAGAGCUCAGAGGAAUCUAACCAGAAGCAGCAACAACCGUCUCUCCACUUGCCUUUUACCAGGUUUUACCCUUCCAGUAUGUUUCAUUUGAUAAGACAUUUUCCAGCGCCCAGAGUUUCAGUACAAUGUGCAAAUGGAUACUGACAAAUGGUGCCUCAGCCUUUUCCCACCUGCCUUGUUGCUGCUUGCUGCUGCUCUUCUUGGUGUCUUCUGUGCCUGUCACCUGCCAUGACCUCGGCCAGGACAUGCUGUCCCCGGAGGCCACCAACUCUUCUUCAUCAUCAUCCUCCUUCCCCUCGUCCUUCUCCUCUCCUUCCAGUGCGGGGAGACACGUGCGGAGCUACAAUCACCUCCAAGGAGACGUGCGCAAGAGGAAGCUCUACUCUUACAACAAGUAUUUUCUCAAGAUCGAGAAGAACGGCAAGGUCAGCGGCACCAAGAAGGAGAACUGCCCCUUCAGCAUAUUGGAGAUAACAUCUGUAGAAAUUGGAGUUGUGGCAGUUAAGUCUAUUAAGAGCAACUACUAUUUAGCCAUGAACAAAAAAGGAAAAGUCUACGGCUCUAAGGAGUUUAAUAGUGAUUGCAAAUUGAAGGAAAGAAUAGAAGAAAAUGGAUAUAACACAUAUGCAUCCUUAAAUUGGAAGCACAAUGGAAGGCAAAUGUUUGUGGCUCUGAAUGGGAGGGGAACCACAAAGAGAGGACAGAAAACAAGAAGGAAAAACACUUCUGCUCACUUUCUUCCCAUGGUGGUCAUGUCAUAGAUGAACAAGCUAUUUUUUUGAUGAAGCUGAACCAAAGGCUGUUAUGUCAAGAAUGUUUGAUAAUUCUCUUAAAGGGUAAAAGCAGAGAAAUAGCCCAGACAUCUGCAUGCUUGAAAUGAGAGCAGGGGAAGCCUUUGAAGGUUUUGUACUUAUUGCUAGCACAUGAAAUACCUUUAUUUAGUUUGUUGUCGUAUCUUAUAAUCAAAAUGCAAGCUGGAUCAAAGGGGAUGGAAUUUAUUGCCAGUGUGAACAUUUUUUUUUUUUUUAAUCACUGCAACAGACCUUGAUGGACAAGACAAUCUGUUGCGUGAUCUUCAUGGGGAAUGCUAUUUAUGGAAUACUAACUCAUAUCAAAGUCCUUAAUUGCUCAUUCAAGCCUAAUGAUUCAAUGAACAGUUAGACACGCAAGCAUUUACUGGAAGCACUUGGGUCAUAUGCACAAAUAAUGACAUUUCUGGAGAAACCUUUUGGAAGAAUGGAUAGGAUAAGCAAAGUAGUAUAUAACUGUUCUAACAAAAUGAAUAGUAUGGUUUUCUUGUAUGUUCUAAAUUUGUUUCUUUUUAUUUCUCUCUAAGUUAUUUAUUUAAUAGGAUGUUAAAUAUCUUUUUUAUUUGAAAUAUUUUCCUCAUUUGCUUCUUUGUUAUUUUCCCUUUUUCUUAGUACUUCACAGAGCGGUUGAUAGAGUAAGAUGUCAAAACCUCAGAAGUACUCUGAGAAUAGGUAUUAGACAAGGCUUUAAAGGCAGAAUUUAAAGUGUAUACUCCGUCUUUUUUCUAGACUAUCUUGCACUUAAGCAAAAGACCAAACAAGCAGUGCUUGGAUUUAUGGUAUUGGCUUCUUUAUAUUGGAGAAAUUUUUGUACUUAUAAGCACUCAAGAACAAACUUCAAGAAAUACUUUGUUCAAGGGGUCUUUCUGCUAUUUUGAAAUUGAGAGGAGGGACCACAUCUGUACUUGGAUGUCAAUGCAUCUGUGUGUAUAUUCGGCUGACUUUGAUUUCAGUUUGGAGCUAGGAUCUAAUGCAUCGCAAUCAGUGUGAUAUUCUGUAGCACACAUUGGACUGGAACCUAGAGGUGGACAGCCCUGUUACAGUCACUGAGAUUGCAAAUGUUAAAAUUAAACACUAGUGUGUAAUUCCUAAGUAUAACAUUUGGCCUCUGAAAGCUAAGCAAGAAGGCAACACAGUCCUUCACUCCUUAUUCAGUUAAUGCUCUCAUUCACCUAUUUGCCAUUGGUACCAACUCGUAGAAUCACAUGCAUAUAGUAAGAGCAAUGUCUAAUUCAGGACUGAGAGACAGAAGAUCCAAAAUCGUGCUCCUGCAUUUUUCAGAGAUUAUUACUCAUGUUUAUUAUAUAUGAGAGCCAACUGAAAAGCUGUGCUGGUUUCCAGCUUUAACAUGACUUUCCUAACCAUCACAGUAAUUGAAGGCUCAAAACACAUAACAUCUAGCACAUUUUUAUGAAGUGUUACUAGUCCCAUUGCUUAACUUGAGCAACUACAGUAUAAUAAAGUUAAGCAUAAUAUGAAGUCUGUUCAAUUAAAGGUACAUAAGGUUUGUUUUAUGUUUUGCUUUACUCAUUAAUUUUAGAGAGCUCUGGAUAGCUCACCACUGUAACCAUAUUGAGAUUCAUUUUGUUAGAGCAGAUAAAUAGAAAACAGUACAUCAAACAAUUUGUACCACUGUCUUCACCUUGUAUUCCAUUAAAUAAAUAAAUAAGCCUUUGCAGUGUCUUUAGUAAGAAACAAAAGUAGUAUAAUAUUAUUUUGUUUUAAAUACUUUAAGUGAUAACUAUAAGAUUAUAUUGAUGCUGCAGUUUAUCUUCAAUAUUUCUUGUUGUGAAAAAGUUGGUUUUAUUUUUAUUGUUUGGAGACUGUAUUUUGGUACAAAGGAGAGCCUUGCUUAAUGUGUCUUUUUGAAAAUGUUUAACCUCUAUAAAGCCUGGUGUUGUUGGAA